AUGGUUAGUCAUAGCUCUGAGUCUAAUGCAAAUUCGGCGAGCAGGAAUUGGGGUCCUCUUUGCAAUUGUGGUAGAGCUACGACGGUUGUGAAAGCGUGGACUAACGAAAAUCCUGGAAAAAGAUUUUUCAGAUGUGGUGCUCAUGGGUUCUUUGAUUGGGCAGAUGUUGAGAAGGCAUAUAGUUGGCAGAAAGAUGAGAUUCGUCAACAGAAAGAGGAAAUCAAGGCACUUAAAGAAUCUCUUAAGGCCAUGAGUUGCCAAGAUUUGAGUGGUUCGACAACUAUGAACCGUGGGUUGGUGAAACUCGACGAGCAAGAAAAGGAGAAGCUUGAAAAUGAAGUUAUGUUGUUGUCUUGCUUAAAGUAA